AUGGAGAACAGACAGUUCGAUGCACUUUGGAGGAUCUUGGAGUGCAAGGACUCAAACAUGCCUGCCGAGGAAACACUAGGUCGCCAUGUUCGAUGCAGCCUAUUGCAGUUUGUCCAGCAGAACCCCGAGUAUCCUUCCCUCCUACGUUUCAUCACGGAUUGCCUACAUAUAGCGGACUCACCAGAGGCCGUUCCUGAUGAGCAACGCCAUCUUGAACCCGCACGGCUGCGACUGGAUCCCGGGCAUGAGAAGCAAGAAAAUACGGACAUUUUAUUCGACCUGUUGUUUCUAGCAGGCUCCGCGUCGUCUGGUACAACUGAAUGCCAGCUACAGUGGAAAGAGGUGAAGAUAUCGGUUGCUAGACGAAAUACCCCACAGCGAGAGAAGAAGGUCUCCUUUGCGGUCCAAAGUUACAGGCCAUUGCCUCGCGCGCAGAGCAAGUCGCCAUUACCAAACGAUCUGCGAAAACUCGAGCUCGGAAAAUUUUGCAGCCUGAUCAGUAGCGAGAAAUGCAGCCCAGUCCACUUCCACAUUUUGGAUAAUGUGAUGAAGGUUGCCGACACCGAUCAAAGUACUAUUUGGCGAAACUUUCUCCCCUUGGCGAGCGAUACUCUGGCAGAAUGGCUGGAACGGACCGUGCAUCUGUCCAAAAGAGUGAAGGUAACGCUAGCAUACACCAUUGCGAGAUCAGUGUGGCAGUACUAUGAUUCGUACUGGAUGGAGAAACCAUGGACGCACGACAACAUUCAAAUUAUAAAGGAGAAAAUCAGCGAUCAGAACCAUAUUCGACCGCAUCCCUAUUUUACCACAAAGCUUCAGAAGUUCAAAGACCAAACUCUGGACUACUGCAUUGCAGAUGACCUCUUCCAUAUGUUUCCUAGUAUCCUUGCGUUGGGGGUAAUUCUUAUUGAGAUUGCAACCAAGCAGCCGUUCAGACACGGGAACUCACAUUACCUCUGGGACCAGACCACAAUCAAUGAUUACUACGAGUGGGCAUGGACCACGGCAAACUGCAAUAAUUUGAGAAGCAUGAUUGGAGCUGCUUACGAAGUGGUAGUCAACAAUUGUCUCGAUGCCGAACUGUUUAGAGACGGCCCUAUUGACCCGUCGAAACCAGACAAAGAUCUUGAAUUCAGACAGUCGCGUCUCUACGAGAAAGUUGUGCUGCCUCUACGGGAUCUAUAUCACGCAUAUAGAGAUGACUGGGAAAUCCAGGAGAUCCCCAGAUCGGAAAUUGCCGUUUCUCAGAAUUUCUCACAGACCGAACACACCAGACAGGCCAAGCGUUCCCAAUUCACUAUCGCUAUAUUCUGUGCAUUAACCUUAGAAGCAGAUGCCGUAAGCGAAAUUUUCGAGGAGAUAUUCGACGAGGAAGUCGAGAAAUGCCACAAAGCAAUCGGAGAUGACAAUGCAUACACCCUGGGUAGAAUCUUGCAUCAUAAUGUGGUUCUCGUUCACAUGGCUGGUAUGGGAAAAGGCGCCGCAUCGCAGGCGGCUUCAUGUAUACGAUCCAGCUAUCCGGAGAUCAAGCUCGCGCUUGUAGUUGGCGUCUGCGGAGGAGUUCCUUCACUUUUGGCGGGCAAGGAGGAUCUUAUCCUUGGCGACGUUGUGGUCAGUGAAGGAAUUGUGCAAUAUGACUUUGGAAGGCAAUUUCCCGAUGCUUUUUUGAGCAAAGCCAGACCAGAGCUCCCUGGGCCCAAAAUUCGGGGAUUAUUGGCUAAACUGAGGGGGUUGCGAGGGCGAGAACGCAUCGAGACAAAGCUUUCUCGGCAUCUUAAAUUCUUGCAAAAUAAGCUUGGCCCCGAGAGAGCUGGCUACCCCGGUGUGGACAAAGAUGAGCUGUUCCAAUCCACCUACCGACAUAAGCAUCAAGACUCAGCAGUCUGCAAAUUAUGCAGAGCCUGUGAACACGGCAUGGGUCCAGUAUGCGAAGAAGCACGAGCACUGACUUGCCAACAGCUCGGAUGUCAGAAGGAAUUGCUAGUCUCGCGCACACGACUGCAGGAGGCUUUGGUGAAUGGCUGUCCCCCAAAAGCAAAAGUCCAGUUUGGUUUCGUUGGCUCUGGAGACACGGUUAUGAAGUCUGGGCAACAUCGCGAUGAAACUGCGACCCAGCAUGGUCUCAUCGCUUUUGAGAUGGAGGCUUCAGGAGUUUGGGAUAUUUUCCCGUGCAUUGUCAUCAAAGGCGUGUGCGAUUAUGCCGACAGCCAUAAAAAUAAAAUUUGGCAAUACUAUGCCGCUGCUACGGCUGCGGCCUGCAUGAGAGCUCUAUUAGAGGAAAAUAUCAUAGGAGAA